AUGUCAGGUUUGAGGACAGUGUCUGCAUCUGCCGGCAGCGGCAAGAGCUAUGACUCUAUUAUGAAAAUUUUAUUGAUUGGUGAUUCUGGUGUUGGUAAAUCGUGUUUGCUGGUUCGAUUCGUGGAUGACAAAUUUAAUCCGUCAUUUAUCACCACUAUUGGUAUCGAUUUCAAGAUUAAGACGGUUGAUAUCAAUGGCAAAAAAAUCAAACUACAAUUGUGGGAUACUGCAGGCCAGGAAAGAUUUCGUACAAUUACUACAGCGUACUACCGUGGUGCAAUGGGGAUAAUUCUUGUCUACGACGUCACCGAUGAAAGGACGUUUGCUAAUAUCAGACAAUGGUUCAAGACUGUCAACGAACAUGCCAACGAUGAUGCACAAUUAUUGCUUGUGGGGAAUAAGAGUGAUAUGGAAACUAGAACCGUUACUCUCGAACAGGGUGAAACCCUGGCUAAGGAAUUGGGCAUUCCAUUCGUCGAAUCUAGUGCCAAGAAUGACGACAAUGUGAACGAAAUUUUUUUUACAUUGGCGAAGCUCAUUCAGGAAAAGAUCGACAACGAUAAACUUGCGGGAGGUACUUCUGGUAAGGACAGCAGUAUCAAUAUAAAUUCGGGCGGUAGCGGGUCCAAAUCGGGGUGCUGUUGA